AUGGAACCCCAAAUUCGUCGGCGGCAAACGAAAAGCCGACGGAAUCGCGAUGGCCUGAUUCGGUUCGCCCGUGACAGAACGAGCCAAAAUGGCGAAGAUGGGAUUAUCGAACGAUUAUUUCAACUACUACCAACCGAAAGCGAGCGUUGGUGCGUCGACUUGGGCGCCUGGGACGGAGUUCAUUUGAGCAACACUAAUUCGCUGCUGGUUGCCACAGCUGAUGAGCAUGUGUCUGCCGCAAACAGCACUCUAUGGCAUGGUGUGCUAGUGGAAGCCGACACAGACCGCUUUCAACACUUGCAACAGCUUUACGUCAAUAGAGGCAAUGUUUGUUUGAACGUAUCAGUUUCCGGCAUGUCUGAUUCGCCGCACACACUGGAAAAUAUUUUGAAGACACACGGUGACCGAAUUAGCUUACCCAGUGACUUUGAUUUUCUAUGCAUCGAUAUUGACGGUGCCGACUACUGGGUGUGGCACGAUCUAUUGAAGUCGGAAUCCUACCGCCCUAGGGUUGUCUGCGUGGAGUUCAAUCCGACCAUACCGGAUGAUUUAAUUUACAUUCCAGAAAGAAGUGACGUGAUACGACAAGGGUGCAGUCUAGCGGCGUUGGUAGAGCUUGCCAACGAAUACGACUACGUCCUGGUCGAAACGACCUUGUACAAUGCUUUUUUCGUCCCGAUAUCACUCUACGACUCCUAUCUGGCUGACGAAAUUCCGGAUACUUCGAUUGAAGUCCUACACGAGACUACAAUGGGUACAGCCCUUUAUCAGCUUUAUGACGGUUCCAUCAAGUUGUGGGGUUGCAAAAAACUCCUCUGGCAUCGACUACCGAUGGACGAGUCCAAGGUGCAGAUGCUACCGAGAGGGCAGCGUCAGUUUCCAUUUGCCCCCCGCGAGACCAAAAAUUCAUUGGCAAUGAGCCACGCUGUUGACUUGCGCGUUUGCUACAGCGAAACAUCUUCCGCCGACCAACGUGCAAUAUGCUCCGCCAAUCUCGUUCGUCAGUUACAGAAGGACGGCUUUUGCUACGUGCGUGGGACAGGAAUUGCUCGACAAACGUGCCAAAGAGCACUGGAGGCGACGCACUCGCUGCUUCAAGAUGCGGACGAAUGUGUGCGUCGGUCGUGUUUGACCACAGACCGUGCUCGGCGCGGGUACAGUCCCAUGUGUACCGAGAAUUUCAGUUCGCUGUUGGGAGAAACGGGACCGAACGAUUUGGUGCGCAAGUUUCGGGUAGGACCCGUCGAUGGACACGAGGGGGGCGGUGCGCUGCUGCAGCCGAAUGUCUGGCCAGUCGAAGGGACGUGGGACGCGCCGACGGCGGCCGCUUUUCGCGCACACGUCGAAGCGUACUACGGUUCCAUUUGUGCGGCAGCCACGACGAUGGUGACGACCAUUUGCCAAGGUAUCUUGGCGAUGUAUCCGGAUCUCGAGGCCGCAUUGGCUCCACUGAUGAAGGAAUCACUGGCACACUCAUCGAUUCUAACGCUUCUGGGAUACCGCGUUGGCUCUCGUCACAAGGGUCGAUCGAAAGGUCCGUUGGUGGCGGCGCAUACGGACGUGGGCGUGAUUACCGUGCUCGUCUUCGAUGACGGUGAUUGCGCAACCUUGCAACGCCGUACCGGACAGGGAGACUGGGAGGACGUUGUUUUGCCCGCGUCGGUGCCGGACGAUCCCAUUUUUGUCGUGAACGUGGCGGACUGUUUUUCCGAAUUGAGUGGUGGACGUUUGCCUUCGACGAUUCAUCGAGUAGUCGCGCGACCGGGAAAGACGCAACCGCGCAACGGCUGUGCCUUAUUUGUGGGACUGGAUCCUCACGAAAUGCUAUGUAUCCAGGACGAAGCGAUGACGUACGAAUGCUGGCGCAAACGACGGAUCGCACGAGCGCAAACGGUACACCGAGAGUCGUCGUCGUCAUAGUGGUCCACAUCGGCCGAGUCUUGCUCUAGCGCAAGAACGCCUGUGUAAAUCGGCGUAAACGACAGUCGACUAUAGUGUUGACCGGAGGUGUACGACAAUUGCGUCGCGUGUCUUUGAAAGGGUAUAUAGUUUAUACUAUAAUACAUACUUUGUAAUU